AUGUUUUUAGGUACUAGAGUUAAACUUGUUUUUCCCCUGCCCCCGCUUUGUCUUUUUUCCUUUGAAGGGAAAGAGCUAGAUUGGCUGGGGAUGUGGCAUCAAGAGCCAAUCUUCCCUAUGUGUCUAACCACAGCUCCAUCAGGCAGCUUUAAUCUGGGGCUCACACAUCCCGUGGGAGACCUAUAUGGAGCAUUAACCUAUGUCCAAAGGAGACAGCAGGAAGAGGCUGCUGUCUGGAAAGAUGACUUUCUUUGUGCCAUGCUUGCUUUUUCACCUAGCCCUGUUCCCCACCCCUUCCCCCCCAAAAAAUUAAGCUUUAAAGGAAUGUAG